AUGGAAGACCCAUGGGGCGGCGAUCCGUGGUCGACAACGACGGAUGACGACAACCACGACGGCCGCAGCAAUGCUCUGCAGCCUGCAUCGGCGGCAGCCGUGAAGCUCGACCUGCCCGCUGCGCCGCGGCAGGCGCACUUCGCGGCUGAGGGGAGCAGCAGGGGCGGCAGCCCGCGAAGGGUGUCGCCCGCGCCGUGGGGGAGGGCGCUUGAGGAGGAGGAGGAGGAUGCGUGGGGGGGAUGGAAUGCGGGUGCGGAGAGCCCUGGCUGGGGGAGGAGUCCGGGGCUGAGGCCUGCGGAGGGUGGUGCGGUUGCGAGGGAAGCGUCGCCGGAUCCGUGGGGUGGGUUGGCUGCGGCGAGGGUGGAGGAGGAGGAGGGGAGGACGGCGGACUCGGCCAUCAGUCUUGGGGACGACGGCUCACGACGAUACGAUGCGGAGCGGGAUGGCAAGGCGAGAGGACCGGGCUCUGUUGACGUGCACGCACACGAUAUCUGGGGAGUGGAGGAGGAGAUACCGGCCAAAGACGCGACGAGAUCCGACCACGUCAGCGAACCGGACGAAGCGGUUGAGAAAACGGCGGACUCCGAUGCAUUCGAGGAACCAUCGCCCCGUGAUGAUGAUGGCGUGCAGGAAGCUGUCACACCGGAAGAGCCGCCCGACGUGGAGCGGAAGCCGUCAAAGGUGCAGGAGCUGGUGGAAAUGUUUGAUGGAAUCGCCCACAGAAGCGCAUCUUCUACGGAGCCACCGAGCACGCCUCAACGAGAGCCCACGGAGAUUACAGAGGACAAAGACGCGGCUUUGGAAGUGCCUGGCAUUCAGGUCACAGAGGCGCUCGACACGGAGGCGCCCGACGAGGAGCAUCAGCACGCCAAUCUCGAUAGUCCGGAACACAAGGAAGUCUUGGAGCGGCCCGAAUCAGAGUCGCCGGCCAAAGACGACGACCGGGAACCUCUAUCAGAAACUGAGGAGCGAGCCACCAGCCAUGGCUCAAAACCGAAGCUGGCCCCUGUCCCCUUCCCCAUCGACCUAUCCCAGCUGGACCGACUCUUUCCCUCCACGCCCUCCACGUCCAUCGACCCAGAGCCCAUCCCAGACGUCAUCAUCGGCGACACCUUUUCCAGCGUCUCAGAGCGCAAAGCCUGGUACCGCGUCUCGCGCUUCGGCUCCCUCCGGAAGUACAACGGCGGCGGCGACGACGACGACGGCUACGUGCGCGUCAGUUGGGCCGGCUCGCACGUACGGGACGAGACGCUGCGCAUCGUGCGUCGCUGGAUGGAGGAGGACUCGAUCGGCGGGCGCGUCGUGCUGGGCCGCCGGCUCGGUGCGGGGGGCGCAAACAUGUUCAACUGGGACUCGGAGGCGCCGCCUGUGGAGAUUGGCGAGCUGCUCCGGGCGAAGAAGCAGAAGGGCGCGUCGGCGCGGGCUGGGCAUGGGAGGCAGGCGUCCGAGGUAGUCAAGGGGAGCAUCAUGUCGCCUACCGAACCGGCAUUUGCCUGGAGCAGCAGCUUGCCCUCGUCGCCGCUGGCUGCUCGGCCUCCUGAGCCGAUUCACAGCGAGGAGCAGAAGCCGGAUAGUGGUCCUCACCUUGAGCCGAAGCAGUCGUUGGAGAGGCCGGCGUCAUUACAGUUGCCUCGACCGCCAGAGUCGAUACCAAAGAUCCGGCAGCCCCCAUCCCCGCUGACGCAGACACACCCGAUGGUCCCCGAUACCGCCGCCGAAGAGGAAGAAGAGGACGACGAAUGGGGCGAAAUGGUAUCCUCGCCGACGACCACGCAGCCUGUCUCCUUUGGUGCCUCCUCACUGUCCGCCGCACUGGAGGUGAACGGCUCGGACACGCCCCCCGCUCCUACUCUCGACCAAGCCAGCGUCCUCCCACCUGACGACACCGACAAGUCCACCCUCCUCCAGAGCACGGAGAUCCACAUCAAGGCCGCCCCGACCCGUGCGGACAAAAACGACCCCUGGGCCGCCGACGACUCCGACUCGCACGGCUCCUCCAGCGCCGACGAGUCCCAGCACACCCUCGUCACCACCACCCAGGGCGGCGUGUCGAACAGCGACUUUGACCUCUGGGAGACGACAACGGCGGCGGCGGCGGCGAAGGCCUCGCCAACACACAUCGACGACACACCCAACCCAACUCCAAAACAAGGCACGACUUCCAUCCAAGAGCCCCCGGCGCUGAAAGAGCCACUGCCCUCCACCUCCACCAUCCCUCCGGCCCAGCCGUCCAUAACCUCACCCACUCCACAACAACACCCCACAGGCAUCACCCCCAGCGCAGACCAAGACCUCGUGGCAAACAUCCUACGCAACCUCCCCGACCUAUCCUACAUGCUUCACUAA